AUGUAUAGUGAACACGUACGUAUCAACCAGUCAGGAAACGAAAACGUAACUGAAGUAUUAUCAUCGCAGCCUACUUCGAACUCACCUUAUACUAUUACGGCCGCGGAUCGGUUCAAAGUUCGUAUUUACUUUCUCAGGGGUUGGGGAAAUAAUGGAAAGCUUCCAUCUUUACCAUAUGAGAUAAUAGAAGUCAUAUUCGAUUUUGCACAAUAUUGGCCUUCGGUCACUUAUCGUCGAGAAGAUCCCUAUUCAGGCUAUAACUUGAAUACGUUAUACCUUACCGGAUCAUUACCGUCUCCACCGUCAUCAAAUGAAGCGGAAAUAUUCCCAAAGUGCAAGAUGGUUGAAUUUACAUGCGAGUCUCAUGAUCAAGGAUGGUCGUCUUAUCCUAAUGAUCAAGGAACUUACAGAGGUUCAUUUACAUGGGGAGAAGCUUCCGUGAUUAUACCCAAGCAAGGUAUAAACUUGCAAGAUCAAUCGAUUGACAUUAACGACAAAUUUAAUGAAAAGGUGCCGGUAGAACGGCAUAAUGUCUAUACAAAUAAACAUGCAGAUAAUACCUGGCAAAUACAUAAUAAUGUGUUCGCUUCAGAUCAUCCUUUAGUAACUGGUCUGCAACCUGGUGAAAUGGUGGGGCUUUGGAUUCGAUCGUCAUUUCCAGGUUGGGUUAAUUAUAUCAAACGAGCUGAAUUGAAGUUAUACUACUCCUUUUAA